GUAGCCAUAGAGAAGGUUUGUUUUUCUGAGUCUGUUCACAGCGAAACAAAGUUUGGGUGAGAAUGUUAUCCAAAAGACGGUCGCUAAUUCAUUCCGACGAAAAACGCAAAGCAGUGGCAAAUGUUGAUUUAGCCAGGGGCCGCCUGAAAGGAGCGUUGAAAACUGUCAACCCUUCUUCCGACGAAACAUCGGAAGAACAGGACGAUAGUGAUGAAUCGCCGACGACGUCUAUGGAACGUGGCCGAGCAGAUGCUGAACCGGCUGUCCAUCAGCCGUACAUUAUGAGGUUCUUCGAUCGGAGCAUUGAUCUUACCCAGUUUAACGAAAAAUCGACAUUAUACUCCAUGUGCCGCACAUGGUUUCAGAACAACCCGAAGACAGUUGUCAGUGGUAAAAUAGACAAACCACACACGCCCGCUAAAGUAAAACGAGAAUUCAACCCGGACAUUGUUGAGCAGUUCCAAAAUGGUGAAGUGAAAGAAAUCUACGAAAUGCCGCUUCCUGAAUCUGCCGGUGAUAUGGAACCGUUCCAUCAGCAGACGGCCUUACCGGCCACCGAAUUCGCGGUCAAUGGAUCAAUAAUGGAACAGGAUGAGCUGCUGGAAGAACAUUUGUGUAAAUGGAAAUCUCUUCGCAAGGAUUGGACAUCGCACCGUGCAGAGUACAACAAACGUAGAUACGAAGCAAGCUUCAAAUUGAUUGACGCGUUGCAAGUUUCACAAUAGGGCGAGUUUGCGUUCCGAUUCACACACUUUAUAUUCUAAUUGAAGUAAACUUAAUUAAUAA